AUGUCCAGGAACCGCGUUGCCCCGCCCCGCCCCGCUCGAACGUCUUCGUCAGAAGGCCCUGUAGACCAGCGCGUCGGAGCUUCUGCUGAAGAAGACGACGUCAUCGCUUGGUCGAGACCCAACAAGCUACGCAGGAGCAUGCAAAAUCUAAAACAGGGUGACGGGCGUGAACGUGCAACGACAGGGCUCAACGGUCUUCGCUGCAAAAGUUCGGUUUCGGUCUUGGCGCCCUAUCUGCUACUUCAGAUGGUUCGGAAGGCUCAAAGGCUAGACUGUGUCAUGCACCGGUGCACCUAUCGACGGAUUUCAUCGUUGGAAAUGUUUGAUCGUCGCAUGUAA